GACACGCAGUGUGGACCUGUCAUUGGUUGUAGAAAUUCUGGCACCUCGCCGCAGCAGCCCCGAUUGUAUAAUUUUCAUUUUCCCAACAAAUUGUCAUCCGAUAAUUUGUUAGAAAAAAAGAAGCAGCUCCGAAACUAACCCCAGAAAAGCAUCCAACGCGCGACCGACCCGCCGAGGAUGUUUUCGACAAUGAAAUCGCUCAUGACCACCGCGGUCCGGGCGGAGCAGAUGAUGGCCCGUUCGUACGCGGCGAAGGCGGCGGCAAAGGCCGCGGCCGGAGCGCAGGGCAAGGUGGUGGCCGUCAUCGGUGCCGUCGUGGACGUGCAGUUCGACGAGCAGCUGCCCCCGAUUCUGAACGCGCUGGAGGUGCAGGGCCGCAGCGCCCGGCUGGUGCUGGAGGUUGCGCAACAUCUGGGUGAGAACACGGUGCGCACCAUCGCCAUGGACGGUACGGAGGGUCUGGUGCGUGGGCAGCGCGUGCUGGACACCGGUUCGCCCAUCCGUAUCCCGGUCGGGGCGGAGACGCUCGGUCGCAUCAUUAACGUGAUCGGCGAGCCGAUCGAUGAGCGCGGCCCGAUCGACACGAACCUGUCGGCGCCGAUCCACGCCGAGGCGCCCGAGUUCAUCGAGAUGAGCGUCGAGCAGGAGAUCCUGGUGACGGGCAUCAAGGUGGUGGACCUGCUGGCCCCGUACGCGAAGGGCGGCAAGAUCGGCCUGUUCGGUGGUGCCGGCGUCGGCAAGACCGUACUCAUCAUGGAGCUGAUCAACAACGUCGCCAAGGCGCACGGUGGCUACUCCGUGUUUGCCGGCGUCGGCGAGCGCACCCGCGAGGGUAACGAUCUGUACAACGAGAUGAUUGAGGGUGGUGUCAUCUCGCUGAAGGACAAGUCGUCCAAGGUCGCGCUGGUGUACGGCCAGAUGAACGAGCCGCCGGGCGCCCGUGCCCGUGUCGCGCUGACCGGCCUGACCGUGGCCGAGUACUUCCGCGACCAGGAGGGUCAGGAUGUGCUGCUGUUCAUCGACAACAUCUUCCGCUUCACCCAGGCCGGUUCGGAGGUGUCUGCCCUGCUGGGUCGUAUCCCGUCUGCCGUCGGUUACCAGCCGACCCUGGCCACGGACAUGGGUAGCAUGCAGGAGCGCAUUACCACCACGAAGAAGGGCUCGAUCACAUCGGUGCAGGCCAUCUACGUGCCCGCCGACGAUCUGACCGAUCCGGCUCCGGCCACCACCUUCGCUCACUUGGACGCCACCACCGUGCUGUCGCGUGCCAUCGCCGAGCUGGGCAUCUACCCGGCGGUCGAUCCGCUCGAUUCGACCUCGCGUAUCAUGGACCCGAACAUCAUCGGCGCCGAGCACUACAACAUCGCCCGUGGCGUGCAGAAGAUCCUGCAGGACUACAAGUCGCUCCAGGACAUCAUCGCCAUCCUGGGUAUGGAUGAGCUGUCCGAGGAGGACAAGCUGACGGUCGCCCGCGCCCGCAAGAUCCAGCGCUUCCUGUCGCAGCCGUUCCAGGUCGCCGAGGUGUUCACCGGCCACGCCGGCAAGCUGGUGCCGCUGGAGGAAACCAUCAAGGGCUUCACCAAGAUCCUGAACGGUGAGCUCGACCAUCUGCCGGAGGUGGCCUUCUACAUGGUCGGCCCGAUCGAGGAGGUCGUCGAGAAGGCGGAGCGUCUGGCCAAGGAGGCUGCCUAAGGAGGCCAUGAACGACAGGCGUAAGGAGUUAACGCGCCCGUAAUACUGUGACGUCGCCACCGUUUCGGCCUCGAAUGGUGGGAGGGACCGUCGGAUGAAGGGAGAGAGAGCCCGCGAAAGGGGGAAAUCCUCCCAAGCCCCCUUUUUUCGGGUGGGAACUCUCGCUUCAGCUGCUGCACCACCACCCCAUUCGAGGACGCAAUGGGCGACAAAGCAGGCGGGCUGGUUAGUGCGUUAGUUGUAAGCGAAAUCAGUAACACUCAUCACCACGAGUAACGACAAGAUCCAUCAACCCCCCUCGCGGGGGUGGGACGAACCGAGCUGUGUAAUUUGUUUGUUUUCUCCUGUGCGGAAAUACAGAACCACCACGUUUGAUCCGAUUAAGUAUCAGUGUAGAUA